CCUAACCUAGAAACUGGUAGUAUGCCGGAUCUACAGGAGACCCAAGAUAAAGUGGAAACUGCCACUAAAAUGGAUGGUCAGGAGGUGAACGGCGACAUGAAAGGUUCAUCAAAAAAGGGUAUGGUACCAAAUGCUAAAAGAAAGCUAUGUAAGUUCAAGGUUAAUUCAACUAGUACCAUUGAAAGUGAUACAAUAUUAAAUACAAAAGGACGCAAACGGAAGCUAUCGGAACCCGAUGAUCUUAGCUCAGAGGAAUCUAUGGAGUUCAAUGGCUUUGAUACACAAGGAGAUAAUGAAAUGGAACCAGGAAGUCAUGUUCUGAAAAAACUAAUUGCUGAAGCUGAAGUAGCAGAAGCUCAAUUGGCAAAACGCUUUAGAUAUAGUAUAAGGAAAAAUUUUGAUUUCAAAAAGGAAGAUGAAGAUUCGGAUGACAAUAGAAUGCAUAGUUAUGAUACAGAACAUAUAUUAGAUUUAGAUAAAAUAAAGAAAGAGAAAGAAUCGGAUAAAUCUGAAACAGAUUCAGUUGGAAUACCAAAUAGUAUGGAGUCAGAAUUAGAAGUACAAAAAACAGGUGAAAUUUCAAUUAAGUCAACAAACUCAUCAUCAGCCAGUAGUCCAGCAACAUCUUUAAAAUCUAAAGGUACACGUAUAACACGCGGAGUCAGUCCAGGUAGUGUUGGAAAACCAAAAAUGGCUGUUGAUAUGUCAUGUCCAGCAUUCAAAGAACCGUUCAAGUAUGGUUGGAAACGAGAAUUGGUAUUUAGAGCAAGUAGCGAUUCUAGUCUCAAAAGAAUGGCCGAUAUCUAUUAUUAUACACCAAAGGGAAAGAAAGUUAGAAGUUUUAGAGAAGUUGCAGAAUUUCUUAAUACAAAAGAGUUAACUAUUGAUAACUUUACAUUCUUCAAAGAACCAAUUGGUAUUGAUGAUCCUGAAAAGGAGAUUAUUCGAGAUGCAAAAAGAAUAAGGGGACCUGGAAUAGCUACAACUCCACUAAGGAGAGGUGUAGGAUAUAAGAAAGGCACACCUGGGAGAAGAGCAAUAGAAGAACCUGUAUCAUUGCCUACAAAAGCAGCUGCUAAAUCACCAAAAGCUGCAUCAACAGGGUUUAAAGUGAAAGUGCCUGCAAAGAAAACCCCCCAAAUAAAAAUAAAGUCACCCCCUCAAGAAAGUGAAAUGCUUCCACCUCAACGGACUACGAGUACAAGGCGAAGUCAACUACCUGUAGAAAAACCACUGCCCCCCAAACCCAAAAGGCAAUUAACGCCGAAAGUUCAAGAACCAUGCAGCAUAAGAUGUUCUACAAGUAUGGGGUUGAUACCAAGCUUACAAUGUCGCGUCUGUCUCUGUUUAUAUCAUCCUGAAUGUGUUGAUGGUAUGGAAUUUGCAGGAAGUGAUGAUUAUGUUUGCAAGAACUGUCAGCAAGAUACUAAUGAAUCUCAUCAAUCUCAAACAAAUCCAUCUUUGACACCUCCUCCAUUGAUACCAAUUAGUAUGUUAGGUGCACAAAGUGCAAAAUCAAAACAUCAAGUAAAUCUAAAUCCACCAAAACUUCAAAGAAUUCCAAAAUCUGAUAAUACAGAUUUACAGUCUCAAAAUACUACUAAAGUUUCAAAAACAUCCUCUGCAACAUCACAUUCCCCUUUAAAUUCGGAUAAAAAAGACAGCAGUUGGUUUGCUCAAACAGAAAAUGAAUUUUUACAAAGUCAUGAUGGAGUUUUACCAAAACCAGCCCAGAAUAUUGCUUUGAUGGGAGGCAAAAGAUACAUUGUUGUGCCAAAAAAUAAUGCUAUGGCUGUUCAACCAGCUAUAACAGUGAAAUCUGUUAAAAUUGGCGAUAAAGCUCCUAUACUUCAGAAUAAUUCACUUACAGAUACAUCAAACACUGUUGAAAAUUCUAUAUCUAUAAAAUCACGCACUCCAUUAACAACAAAGUUUUUGGGGAAAGAUGCUCUUGAUAAGUUAACUGACAAAGAUAUGUCGAGAGAUGUAUCACAAACAGAAUGUACACCAUGUGCUGUGAUGGAGGAAACUGAAGAAACAUGUAAUAGUAGCGAUAAAACAAAUAAAUUACAGAAUGAUUUGUUCAAUACGCGAGACCUUGCAGUAGAAACCAAAAAAUCAGUGAGUUAUAUGUCACCCGAAAGGAAGACUAUAAUAAAUAAUUCAAACACAACUAGUACAAACAAUGAUUUACUUAAAGUAGACACACAGCAAUUUGUGACAAGUAGUUUGGGUACAGUUCAAAUAAGUAGCAAAAGAAAACAAAAUCAACAGGAAACGGAACAACAACAACAUUUUAUGGAUUCAGUUUGUGCUGGUUAUCAUGCAUUACUGCGCAUUUUCCAAUAUCUUAAGGUUCAAGAAUUACUCCGUGCUGCAAGAGUAUGUAAAAUGUGGCGAGACUUGGCGGCACAUCCAUCACUGUGGAAAACUGUACGAAUGAAAAAUAGUCAAGUAACAGACUGGGAUGGUUUAGCAGAUACAUUACAGAGGCGUGGUACUCAACAUUUAGAUCUCCGAAAAAUGCUUGUAGCAGGAGAAUCCGAUAGCAUUUGGAAAAAGUUUUUACUAGUAAUACCACGUGUAAUUAGCCUCGUUAAAUUAGAAUUAUGUAAAUGCCCUGUGAUGGUUGUUGAAGAAGUUAUUAAGAGUUGUCCUCAGUUGGAAGUAUUGAGUGCAAUGUCAAUAAAAUGUGAUUCCUUAAAUUUGGAGUCUGUUGGAAAUCUCAAGCGUUGUCAAGAAUUAAGGCUUAAAGCAAUAAGUGGAAUGUCUCUACAAGAAGAUCUCACACCUUUACAAGAACUAACACAGUUAACACAGUUGAGUUUAACGUCAGUUAAGGAACUUGGGAAGAAGAGGAUCGAUAUUAUACAAGCUUUAGUGAAUUUGGAAGCAUUAGAAUUGGGUGAAUGUUCAGAUUUUCCAGACAAAUUUGGUACUACAGUUCUGAUAAAAUUACAAAAAUUGGAACGCCUCAGACUUGAAAAAGGGCAAGGGUUGUGUUGUACUUUUGACAUUUUGGAUGGUGUAUCCAAAUUACAAAAUUUGAGUCAAAUGGAAUUGGUCAACUUCGACGUGAAAAAUGGCUUUGAUAAAUGUCUUGCAAAUUGUAAAAAUAUUAAAAGGCUAUUAAUUAUACCAACUUACAUAUCUCAGUCGGCAACGUCUAAUAAUAUGGUGCUUGGAGGAGUUACCGAAUUAUCAAAUAAUUUGACACAUUUUGUAUGGGGUGUUACACUUGAGUUACUUAGAGUUACAGAAUUAUUUGUUGAUCAAUGUAAUCUAAUGCGUAAACAAGUCACUGGCGACUCGAUACCAGUUUUAAAACCGGUACCCUGUUUAAAAUUAAUAGAAGAUGUUGAGGAUGAAAAUGACAAUCAAAAAGGCGAUGAUAAACAACCAAAUUUAACAAAUCCUCAGGUGGAUAUAUUACCAUUGCCGCAACUUCAAAAACUUUUAUUAACUGCAUUGCCUAAAACAAGGGUUAAAAUCUUGAAGAUUCCUUUUCAUGCUACGUGGCGGCAAAGCAUUUCAGACACUGCUACACAAUAG